AUGAGCAAAUUAAAGAAAGAAACUGCUUUUUUAAUUAAUAUAAUUACAUUGUUGAAAUAUUUCAGUCUAAUAAUUUUAUGGUGUGAAACAAAUUAUGACUUAAAUUAUACUAAUGAAUAUGAUCAAAGAAGUUAUGCAUUUGAAAUUUAUGGAAUUAUGAUAUUGUUUUUAAUUGCAAUUGAGUCAUAACUCUUUAAAAGUCUUAUCAUUUUGUUUUCAUUGUUUUAUUCUCUUUUUAGGUAUGAUAAAAACAUUAACUAUAGAUUUCCUUCAUUUAGUGACAAUAUAUAAAUAAUAGGAUCAACCAGAGUCAUUUUUGGACAUAUUCUGAUCUAAUCUUUAUUGAUUUAUAACUUAUAUCAAACUUAAAAUACAAGUGAAACCUAUAUAUCUAGAAACUUAAGCCCUUUGCUUACAUAAAGGGCACUUCAUAUAAAUACUUAGAGAGAGAUGACAGAACCAUAAAAUAAAAAAAAUAAUAUAUAAGAUAUGGCAAAUGAUGAUUAUGAAAAUCUAAUUAAUUUAAAACAAUUAGAAUAGGAGUAUGAAUUAUUAUUGAUCAAUUUUUAAUGUGGAAUCUACAUUUUUGAAAAUCCUUAAUAACCAAUAAAAAUAAUAAAUUCAUUUAUGUCCCAUAUUGUUUUGAUCAAUGAUUAAUUAAAUCCAGACUUGACUCAAUUGGAAUUAUAUGAUUUUGGUUUGCUAUCUGAAGAAUCAUGUAUCAUAUUGCCUAGUUUUCAUAGAAGUAAAGACAUCAGUAACUUUAUUAAAUUUACAUAAACUCUUGAGUAUUAAUAUAUUAAUGUAUUUGAACUUAGAACAUAUAGUUUGAUAAUGUCGAACCUGAAGAAAAAAAAGAAAUAUAAUUUUUUUGUAGGAAAAUGUAAAUGCAAACAUUAAUAGAACAUUUGCUUGCAUUUUCACAUAUAAAAUAUAAUUUAACAAAUUUUGCAUUAGAUUUUUCAUUAAAAAUUUAUAUGAAAAAAGGUAAUUUCCAUUUAAAUAUAAUUAGAUAAACUUUACACUCAAGUUAUUUUGAACCCUGUUGUAAUUUCAAAUAAACCUUAAAUUCUAUUAUAUAUUAAUGAUUUAACUGAAGAACCAUUUAUUCUAUAACUCUAAUAAUAUUUAAAAAAUAGUGAUGAUAUUAUACAAACUAUUUCAUAGAAAAUCAAAGAACCUUUAAAUUGUACAUUGUCAAUGUUGGAAUUAGUCUAAGUAAUAUAUAUCUCUUAAUAUAAUUAUAGAAAGAAGUUAGUCAAGAUUUAUAAACUAAAUAUAUUGAUCCAGCAUUAGCAGGUUGUAAACUAUUAAUUAGUACAGCAAAUGAUAUAUAGGAUUAUGUCACAAUGCAUAAAAAAAAUAAAUUAGAUAAAAAUUUAAUGGAUAUUCAUACUCGAGAAUUCGUUUCAGAUUGUUUAAACAUAAUAAAAGCUUAAGCUUUAUUUAGAGGACUUAAUAUAUAAGUACAUAUUAAAUAGAAUGUUCCAAUGUUUUUAAGAACUGAUCCAAAUAGAGUUAGAUAAGUUGUAUUAAGUUUGUUAAGUAAUAAUUUGUCUAUUCAUAAAAUAUAGUAAAAUCAAUUUAAGUUACUGUCAAUGGUAGCAUUGAAAUUUCAUGUUAAAAAUCACCAUUAUUGACAGAUCAUAUAGAGAUUAUAAUUAAAGUUAUGGCUAUUAAUAUAAAUGAAGGAAUUCUAGAUAACAUUGAACAAACCAUUAAACAUUUAAAACAAUAGACUUUAGUUAGUAAAUAAGUGACAGAUAUUGUUGCAACAUCAAAAUAAUAUUCUUUUUCUAUUCUUACAGCAUUUUAUAUUUCUAUGGCUGUUGCUAUUAUGCCUUUUGAAUUUAAUUCAAUAAGGACAGAAGAGGGUACAUAAUUUUAUUUUAUUUUAUUAAUAAAAAAUGAGAAUCCAAAUUUCAAUAAACAAUUAACAUAAAAAAGAUAAUCUGCAUUAAUUGCAAAUAAAUCUUAAUUUCAUUAAAAUUUUGGUUAAAGUAGCUAAUUUAAAAGACAUUAAUCAUAAAGAUUAACAGAAAUUAGUAGAAUUUAAGUGUAAGAGAAACUUAAAAAAAUGAAAAGAGAAUCUUAAGAAGAAACUAUAUCAGGUAAAAUGGAUACUUAAAUACCAUAAUUUGGAUAAUCAGAAUUAUCUGAUAAUUAAUAACCUUGUAAAUCUUACUCUGUAUCUUAAAUCUCAGAAUAGGAAGAUUCAUAACAAAGUUCAUCAUCAGAUUCUAAGGAUGAAAUGAAUAAAGCUGAAUGUGAUGGUGAUAUAUAAUCUAGUAAAUCAAGUCUUUAAAUAAAUGAUAAAAUAGAGAAAAUAGAUAAACAAUAAAAACCUUCUUAAUUUCUUGAUACUAUUAUUCGUGUUAAAGAACCAAAAGCAAGAAAGGUUUCAGUUAAUUUUAUCUAAUCAAGACUAAGUCCUUAAGUCUCAUAAUAACUUAAAUCUAAAUAAAGAGAUUCAUUACUUACCUUUGGAGGACGAUCAUCUGUAUAUUCUUCAAUGAGAAUUUCUUCAGUAAAUUUAGGUCCAAAUGAAUUAUUAGAUUGUUUUGAAAAGAUGGAAAGAAUAAAAUAAUAGUAAUUUAUAUAUAAAUGUCAAGUAAUAAUAUUAAUUCAAUUUUAUUUAGUGUCCAAAGAUAUUAAUUUGUGAAUAGAAUGAUUUUGAUUUAUAUGCUAUAUCCCAUUAAUUAAGUAAUCUCAAAAUACCUUACAUUUAUACAAUGUAGAGAAUGCAUAUUGUAGAUUAAUUAAAGAAACAAUUUUCAUAAUUUAAAACUUGUUGUAAAGGAUAUCAUAUAAUUUUUGUUGGAGUUGAAUUUGUAAAUGAAUAAUUUAGUACAGAUUGUGCUAAUAUAAAGGCUGUACUAUCAGAAUAUUAAAAAGAUACAAGACUAAUAGGAUUGAUUGGAUUUUAAGAUGAAGAUAGUAAAGUAGCAAUAAAAAAGUUACCAUUUCAUGAUUGUUUGUAAAAACCUAUAAUGAUUGAUGCUUUAUUAUUCAUUUUAGCUAAAUGGGUCAAAUUGUGA